AUGGCACAAUCUUGGCCCGAGCUGGGAACCAAGGAGACCACAGCGCCGAAUGCUCUCGAGCUCAUCUCGCAACCACUAACACUCCCAUGCGGCCUCACCCUCCCAAACCGACUAGUCAAAUGUCCCAUGCAAGAAACCCAAGCACAAGGACCGUGGUUCGACCCGCCCAUGUCAACCUUCAGUAAUCUAUACGGUCUCUGGGCCCGAUCAAGCUACGGACUACUAAUCACAGGCCAAGUCCAAAUCGACCGCCGUUUCCUCUCCAUCGCCGGCGACGUCUGCUGCCACGAACGCUCUCCCGAAUCAGCGAUCUUUGCAUUGUGGAAGGAAUGGGCUCAAACGGCCCAAAAGCACGGCACACCCUGUAUCGUCCAGCUCGCACACCCGGGUAGGAUGUCACCCGCCGGAGCCGGCAUCCGACCACCAGACAUGCGUGCCCUUUGCGCCAGCGCAGUCCCCGUCGAACUCGGUGACUCCUUCCUCGACAAAUGGGCAUUGGAAAAGGCCCUCGGUAUACCCAAAGCCAUGACUGUCGCUGAAAUCGACGAGGUAGUCGCCAUGUUCAUCCGCGGUGCCGAAGUCGCACGCGAUGCAGGUUUCGCCGGCUGCCAACUCCACGGCGCUCAUGGGUUCCUACUCUCCCAGUUCCUCUCUCCGCGCACGAAUUGCCGGACGGACGACUACGGCGGAACAGCUGAGAAACGCAUGAAGCUCCUUCAGCGACUAGUCACGGAGAUCCGAGCCUUGUGUCCACCACCUUACUGCCUUUCCGUCAAACUGAACAGCGCGGACUACAUGGCCGCGGGUCAAGGUCUCCAAAUCGAAGAAGGUCUGGAACAAGUCCGAUGGUUACGGGAAUGUGGCAUGGUGGACUUCGUGGAGAUCAGCGGCGGCAAUGCCGAGCAGAAGAGUGACAGGCUACGGCCAAGUUUCAGUGCGCGAUCGGCGGAGAAGGCGCAGGUGAUGCGGGAGAGUACGAGGAUAAGAGAGGCGUUUUAUACCGAGUUUGCGGAUCGAGUCAUGCAGAUGGAGUCGGAUGUUCCUGUGCAGCUAUCUGGUGGGUUUAGGACGAGGAGGGGGAUGGCGGAUGCGAUUUAUAGCCGUUCUUGCGACCUUAUCGGCCUUGGCCGCGCAGCUGUGUUGGAGCCGGAACUCCCUCGUAAUGUUCUCCUCAACCCUUCCUACGACGACGAAGGAGCAUUGGCGAGGAGUCAUCAGAUCCGUGGGCAGUGGUUCGCUAGGAUGAUCCCUAUCAAGAUUCUAGUGAACGACUACCUCGGACUACUCCAUCCAUCAACGCGACAAUCGAAGAACAUGUCAUCAGAUGAAGAGCUGAUAUCUAACGCCAUUGCGGACACACACAAGGCAUCGGACAGAGCCAUCCAAGAGCGGCAGGACAAAGGGCUUGAGGCUCUGCGAAACAAACAUGGAGAAGAGGAGCGCCAGCUGAGCGACCAGCAUCAAAGCACAACUAAGGCGGUAAGCCAGGAGCUGUCCGAACGACCAGAAUUCUGGACAGACGAGACGCGAGCAGCCAUUGCUUGUACCAUUUCCCGAAUGAGGGCAGAUACCGAGACGCGCACAUCGCAGCUUUUGGCGGAGAAUCUGCGACUACGUGAGCUUAACGAGAGUCUGAAUACGACGAUAGAGCAGCAAAAGAUUGAACUUGCAGAGACCGCCGACAGAUGCAAGAGGUACGAGGCAGCUGAGAGGAGCCAAACCAGAGCAGCCUGCCAGAUCAGCGACCCGCAUAAAACCCUGGACGAAGCACAAAAGCGCGCCCUUGCCGUUAGCGUUGAUGCUCUAAUGAAUGAUACCGGCUCCAAUUGCUUCCGCGAUUUCGACGACCCACGGCACAUGAACCUUGCUGCGGUGGCUCGCAAGCUGCAAGCUGGCGACUAUGCCACCUUCGGUGAGCAUAUGGCUAAUAUCAAGCAUGUCCGCAACCGCAUUUGCAGAAUGAGGCCUGGAAGCCGAGCGUCGACGAUGCUGGCAAAGGAAGAUGGCUGA